AUGGCGUCACUUCACUCUGAUUCUGGCCGACUUGAUUCCGAGUCCAAAUGCUCGACAGCGGAACUCCUUGAUACCCCUGCCGUUAACCCUGCCGUUAACCCUGCCGUUAACUGCACGCCAUAUUCAAGUGACGUGGAAUUGACGUCCCAGCGAAUCUUGGAUGUCUUUCUGAAAUAUGCACUCAACAAAUUUGAAUAUGCACCGGACCAUCUGGGUGGUAAUGGAAAAGGCUUUCUUUCUGUGAUAGGCAGAUUUGUCUCCCAGGGUACCCGUGUACAGGCUUGCCUCCCUGCGUUUCCCUUCAAGUCAGCGAACAAGGUGUACAAAGUGCUCGGGAGCUUGCCAGACAAAGCAGAGGAGCUGGCACUUGAUCGAUUGAACGCUCUUUGCAAUUCUAUUCAGGAAUUCUAUGCCCCGGGUGCCGAGAUUGUGAUUAUAUCGGACGGCAUCACCUACAAUGACUUGUUAUGUAUUUCGGACAAAGAAACCUGGGAAUAUGGCGAAGCCCUACGAAGCAUGGCCAUCGAGAAGGGAUUUGACAACAUUUCAUUUUCGCGAACCCGAGACCUUCUUGACAUCUCUCUCCCCGACAACCUCACUGAGAUCGUCUAUGUGGCUAACUGUACGAACUUUCGUCGCUUGCUCUUGAACCAAUAUGGGAAGGCCAAUCUCGACAUCGACGAGGAAAUUACAAAGAACGCAGAUACAAAAUUGACGUAUCUUGGCUAUAAGCGUUUUUUGGAAUCGGAUUUGCAGCACAUCUUUCCUCGGGGAAAGCGUCGCUCUGCCCACAGUUACAAGCGGGAUUGCAAAUAUCUGGCGAAACAAAUGCUUUUGAGAGGAUACGCUUUUGCCGGGGCCGUCAAGCACGCCUUCCCACACCAUCUGCGGCUUUCAAUCCACGAGUCUAUCAGUGGAAACAAGAUACCUAUUAGUCUGCUGAAUACGAAGACAGGUUAUACUACCCCAUGGCAUUGUUCUGUGGCUCAACUUGCAGAUGGGAUGUGGGUUAGUGCUCCGAUGGGCGAGUUCAGUCAGGAUAGUCGGUUGGAAUUGGUUCAUGUCGAUGGGGCCCCCAGUCACUACAGGGAGAAAUUGUCCGAUGGGGGACAUACUCCCAUCAGGGAGACAACGGCACGCUAUCUCCAGUCCGCUAAAUCCAUCACGGUCACUGCGUACGUCAAUAGUGCAUUCAAGGAUGUAUCAUCACUUGCAUCCUAUUCUAGCGAGGGUUCCGUGUCUUCAUCUGAGGGCAAAUACCCCGACAGCCGUUUCACUACCCCGGAAAUCCCAGCAACGUCGGAGAUUUCGUCUUCAAUAUCUGGCCUGGGAAUCGAGAUAAAUUCGAGGCCCCGAGUUGCGCCAUCACCGCUGGAGACACAGACUGUGGUGUCAGCGGAAUACGGUAGAAGGCUCAUUCCCCAAAUAAUGGAUGAUCUUGCUGCUUCCGAGCCGGAAAGAACUGUUUUCUCUCUUGCAUCACUCUCAAAUGGCUUUCUCAAACUCAACCCAAUUUCUGCCCAGCAAUUCACCAGAGCAGUCGAUAAGACUGCCUGGUGGCUUCGUGAGCAGGUUGGCACCCCCGAUUCAGUUCAGCCCAUGGCUUAUAUUGGACCACAUGAUCUCAGGCAUGUUCUUUUGACAUAUGCGUGUGUUAAAGCGGGUUAUUCGGCUCUUUUCCUAUCCCCCAAAAACAAUGCCGACGGAAUCUUGGCUGUACUCAGUAAAUUGGACUGCAAUAUCUGGGUCAAUGCAAUUGACGCAUCGCCAGUCCAAGUGGUCAAAGAUGUUUUGCAGGAGCGGUCUAUGAAGUAUUUGCAGCUUCCUACGCUCGACGUGCUUCUUGAUGCUGAGUCUACCGAAGCUUUCUCAUACACAAAGACCUUUGAUGAAGCCAUAAAUGAUCCAUUCUGCUACUUGCAUACGUCUGGAAGCACUGGAUUGCCCAAGCCCAUUCCUUGGUCUCAUGGGCUCAUUGGCACUAUGGACGCAGUCCGACUGCUGCCACCCGUGGGUGAAAACGCUGAUUUAGUUCCUUGGACUUCAGACUGGAAUGAAGGGGACAAGAUAUACUCGUCCUUCCCAAUGAGUCACGGCGCUGGAAUAAUCAUGGAUAUUUUGAUGCCUGCACUUUUCAACCUCCACUGCAUCUUGGGACCAGUUGGUGUUUUACCAAAUCUGAACCUAGUGGAAAGGCUAGCUGUAGAUGUGAAGAUUGAUAUCUGGAGUAUGGUCCCUUCGCUCGUCGAUGAGCUGGGCGAAACCCCCGAAAUUUUGGAGCAUCUCCGUCCCAGCAAGUUCAUCUGUGCAUCUGGAGGCCCUGUUAGCUCAGCCAGCGCUGGCAAGGUGAAUGAGGUUGUCAGAGUCCUUAACUUGACGGGUACAACUGAAGGCCUCUUCAUUGGGAACUUGAAGCCCGAAAGAGAAGACUGGUUCUGGUUCUGCUUCCAUCCUUACUCUGGCUUCGAGUUUAAGGAGCUCGAAACCGAUGUCUAUGAGCACUGGGUACAUCGCAACGAGCACUGGGCUCUCUUCCAAGGAAUUUUCCACACAUUCCCGGAUCAAAAUUCAAUCAACUUCAAAGACCUUUACAUGCGGCACCCUACCAAGCCCAACUUGUGGGCCUUCAAGGGAAGAAGUGAUGAUCUUGUGGUCUUGUCGAAUGGGUAUAAGAUAUCGCCCCUGGAAACAGAGGCAUUUAUCACAACUCACCCCGAUAUUAAUGGCUGCCUGAUUUUUGGAACUGGAUGGCCACAAGCCGGUCUACUCAUUGAGUUGAAUGAUCCUUCCAACAAAUCACCUGAGCUGAUCGACAGUAUUUGGGCAAAGGUCCAGACAGCCAAUUCUAUGUCCCGGCACAAGAACCAGCUACUCAAGGAUUUCAUAACUUUUGCACUCCCCGAAAAGCCCUUCUUGCGAACAGACAAGAGAACGGUCAAAAGAUCUGCUACACUGGCAUUGUACUCCGAUUACAUUGAGCGAUUCUACAGUUCGCGCAAUGACGACGUCGAUCAAGUUGUGACAUUUGAUAUGAGCUCGCCUGAGGCAACCGAGGGCUCCAUACGAAAGAUUCUUGGCAGCUCUCUUUCAGAAGCCCAGAGCGUGCUUCCAGAAACAGACUUAUUUUCUGUUGGACUUGAUUCGCUCGGCGUGUUCGCGGCUGUCAAAACGAUCCGGGCAGCCACAGGCUUGGGUGAUAAAAUAUCGCCUCGUCACAUCUACGCCAAUCCGACGAUUAUGAGUCUUGCUACAACGGUUUCUACACUAAUUGAAGAAGCAAAGAAUGAAGAAUCUGAGGGGUUGAACGAUAAGGAUUCAAAUAACGCCGCUUCUCUCAUGAACAAUCUGAUCGCUCAGCACAAAGCACGACAAUCCUUCCGCCUGAACGCCUUCGAUUACGUUAAUCCAAAUCACGGCAUGGGAAUUAUGCUGUUCUUUUCCAUUCACGAGGAAACUCCUUACGUGGAAGUGUUUCAAAAUCUUCAAGAAGGGCUUAAUCGCACAUUCGACAUGAUACCUGCUCUCAGUGGAAAAAUGAUGCAUUGCUCCGAACAGGAAAUUGGAUAUAAUAAAGGAGACCUUUGUGUGACGAUUCCGCCGCUUUCCAUGGCAAACUCUGUAAAAAACCGUCUGAUAUAUAAGGAUCUCUCCGAUGUCCUUCCGCCAUUUGAGAAAUUGAAAGAGGCAGGCUUCCCACCUUCUGCUGUCCCGGACGACCUCGUUCUGCGAGACGACCCGUUUCCGAAAUUCCCUGCGGACAUUUUCUCAGGCCAAGUGAACUUCAUUCCCGGUGGCUGCAUUGUUGCUGUUGACUUAAACCACUGUUGCCUCGACGGUCUGGGAGCCAUGGUUGUUCUCAAGGCUUGGGCUGAGAAUUGCCGAUAUCUUCAAGGCGAUCAAGGAGCAACUUGCGCCUGGUAUCACCCGGAGAGCUUCAACCAUGCAUUACCGGAAAUCAUCCACGAGCAAGAGGGCUGGGCUCGCCCGGUCGAAGAGAUUGACCCCGGUACAUGGGGAUUCUUACCUUUCUUCCCACCCGAUCAAUACCGGAAGAGUAUUCAAGAAGCUACCAUUGGAUAUGAGAAUUGCAAGUUACCACCUGCUCCUGAUUUCAAGUUGCAUGAUAUUUGGCCGCUCCCACGCGCUGAACGGUGUACCGAAACAACAGUGUUCCUGAUCAGGCCCGAAAACCUGGAGAAAAUGAAGCAAGAGGUUAUGUCUGAUCCCGAAGCAAAAGGGGUCAUCAAUUCAAUCAGCGACAUUGUGCAAGCCUUCCUCUGGCGUGCUGCCAUUCGGGUGCGACGAAAGGUUGCCACGGAGAUCCGGAAGCAGAUAUUCAAGCCAGAUGAGGUUUCUAUCCUCGAGCUCCCUACCGACGGCCGCCCAUACUUCUCUCAACUCUUGCCCGAGACAUAUAUGGGUAGUCUGUUGAUCCUGAAUCGAUCAACGAUGCCCAUCGAGAUGCUUUGCUCUGAUCACACCACAAUUGGCCGCGUCGCGUAUCUGCUUCGUGAGUCUGCCGCACGCAUCACACCUUCAGUCGUCCAUGAUGCAUUGUCAAUUUUGCAGUCACUGCCAAAUCAUGAACGAUUUUCGACGGCAAACAUGGGCCUCGAGCAUAUGCAUGCUAUGAUUUCCAACAUGAUGCUUUUCCCAACCGACGAGGUUUGCUUUGGCGAUGCCUUCUUUGCCAACGGGGGGUGCCCUGAGUCCUUGAGACCACAGAUUGAGCGUGGAAAUGGACGUUUUAGAUUCCUGGUAAUCCUCCCAAUCAGAAGGGAUGGCGGAAUUGAGCUUUCCUUGGGUACACAUCCGGAGGAACUGGAGAUGUUUCUGGCAGACAAAGAAUUUACGAAAUAUGCUGAGCUUCUCGCUCCGUUCUGA